AUUCAAACUUGGACUAUAUUUGUUCAAAGAAUAUUUUGUAUUAAUUGCCUCCCUUAAUUUUAGCUCUGGGACAUUGGCGGACAGCCUCGAUUUAGAAGCAUGUGGGAACGUUACUGCAGAGGAGUCAGUGCAAUUGUCUACAUGGUGGAUGCUGCAGACCAUGAGAAGACAGAAGCUUCAAAGAAUGAACUGCAUAAUUUAUUAGAGAAACCACAGCUGCAGGGCAUCCCGGUGCUCGUUCUUGGGAAUAAGCGAGACCUACCUGAGGCAUUGGAUGAAAAAGAACUGAUUGAAAGAAUGAACCUGUCUGCUAUCCAAGAUCGAGAAAUCUGUUGCUAUUCCAUCUCCUGUAAGGAAAAGGAUAACAUAGAUAUAACACUACAGUGGCUCAUUCAACAUUCGAAGACCAAACGCAGCUGAGAAUGAGAAUGUUGAUUUCUUGAUCACCCAGGACCUGCCAUAGUUAACCCCGACCUCCUUCCCUGGAAAGAAAGUUUAGAAAGCUGUCCAACAACACAGAGGUCAAAUUAAAGUUUUUAUCACAAGAGAGUGUACAAUAUUAUUUUGCACUUUUUUUAUGUUUUUAUAUAAUUAAGCUGAGUUACUAAAUCUGAUUGUGAAACUUAAUAAUUUACCCACUGUCUGUUUGAAAAGGGUUUUGUUAUUGUAUAAAUGGGAUGUUUUUUUUUAAUAUGCAUGCUUUUAAAGCCCCGUUGUAGGAAGAAACUCCUUUUAUCAGAAUACUACAGUUGUUGCUGUUGAGGAAGCACAUUUACAGUUCAUUGCAUUAACUGAGCAUGCUCAGGGGAUUUGUGCAGUGGAUAAUUGUUAUAUUGAGUAAAUAUGAAUUUAUUUCAUUACUCCACCUAACAAGCCUAAUCUUGUUAUUUGCACCUCAAAAACAAUUGUGGGUAGUCUGGAGCUACUUGAAAAAGUGAAUGCAUUUUUAUAUAUUAAAAAGAAGUCAAUGAAGGUCAUCUACAGAGAAGCCAUAACUCUUGUAUCUUUAAUUGUGAGAUGUUCUAGAUGUCAAUACAGAAGAUCCCAUCCAAUGAGUGCCUGUUGCUGGAAAAUGAUGGAGAGAAAUGGUGCGGUCAUCAUAUACAUUUAAGGUGAUGAAUGUUUUACUGAUUCAUUACAAUAAAACUUGCAACACCUUUCCAAUAAAUAGGGAUUUGUAUUUGCAAAUGCCAGGUAUCAGGACUAAAUGUGCACUUAACCAUCUGAAGUUGCUAAAUGAUUGUUGCUUACAAGAUCUACUAUUUGAAGAAGAUAUUAGAGGGAGUAACAUAGCCUUAAGUUAAAGUAUGUAUGAUUUAGUUUACUGAUUAGUGGUGGUACUGUAACUCAAAGCAUGUUAUUCAGUUUGCCAUUUUCAAUAAUAGCAAAUGGUGGACAGUGACAGUGAAUUGCUGUGGUGCAGAGAGGUGUUAUUUGGCCCAUCGUGCCUGCACUGGCUCUCUGAUGAACUCAAUACAUAUGAAGGUGUAGUUGGUAUCUCUCUCUGUUAUUUGACAUGUAACGUGCAUUGUCACCUUUUUAAGGGUUAAUACUAUCACUAAUCCAGUGAAGUGACUUGAACCAGCUUUCACUGAUAUCCUUGCCACAUACAAUAAAUUAUAUUUGUGCUUAAAAGCUGAAAUCUGAUUCAAAGAUUUUUUUGAUAUGCAUGUAGUUUUUUAAAAAAAACAACAUUAAAGCAUAGAAAUCUACUCAGGAUGGGGAAAUGAGACAAGCUACUGUCUGCUUUUUAAUUUCUCUUGCUUUUUUGCCUGCAUGGUUCCUUAAGUGUUUAAACUGCUGCUGUAUUAAUAGCACAUCUCUAUUGUUGCACAUUGAAGUAGUUUUACUUUUGACAGGUAACCUAACGGGUGAUGAGCUUUUUUUUUUUGUUGUGACUUGCCUUUUAAUAAGUUUACAAUCUGUUUUAAAUUGCAGUUUUGUACAUACAGAUUUAAACCAAAUCGUUGAAAUUUUUAAAACCUACAAAUUUGUGAUAAAUAUUGUACUAGAUAGUAAUUUGCUUUCAUACAGGUACUUGGCUGUAAGAGCUAAUGGUUAGCAGUGUUUGCUAUUGUAUAAGGCGAAUGACGGAAUAAUAGCUUGUAGUAUGUUUUUCUUGAACUGUGACUGGUUUUAAGUGAAUCCUUUAUCCUGCAGUUUUAAGAAACCGAUAAAUAAUUGAAGCUAAUGCAUACUGUCAUACAUAAUAGUUUGUUGACUUGUACAGUCAACUUGUCAAAUGAUUGUCCUGUGGGUUAUUGAUGUGCUGUUGCUCUUGUCAUUUGAUGAAGCUAAUGCUGUAAUAAAGACAUCCACGCAAAA